UCCGGGGCGUGCCGCCUGGAGCUGUGCUCGCUGCGCGCGCGGCUGCCCUAGGUUUUUGUGUUUAUAUUCUCCCGACUGCAAUGAGCUUCCUCAAAAGUUUCCCGCCGCCGGAGCCGGCGGAGGGGCUCCGGCAGCAGCAGCCGGACACCGAGGCUGUGCUGAACGGGAAGGGCCUCGGCACCGGUACCCUCUACAUCUCUGAGAGCCGCCUGUCUUGGUUAGAUGGUUCUGGAUUAGGAUUCUCACUGGAAUACCCCACCAUUAGCUUACAUGCAGUCUCCAGGGAUCUAACUGCCUAUCCUCGAGAACAUUUGUAUGUUAUGGUGAAUGCCAAAUUUGAAGAAGAAUCAAGAGAAUCUCUUUCUGAUGAAGAAGACGACAGUGAUGAUGAUGUGGAACCUAUUACUGAAUUUAGAUUUGUGCCUAGUGAUAAAUCAGCAUUGGAGGCAAUGUUCACUGCAAUGUGUGAAUGUCAGGCCCUACAUCCAGAUCCUGAGGAUGAGGAUUCAGAUGAUUAUGAUGGAGAAGAAUAUGAUGUGGAAGCACAUGAACAAGGACAGGGGGAUAUCCCUACAUUUUAUACCUAUGAAGAAGGAUUAUCCCAUUUAACAGCAGAAGGGCAAGCCACACUGGAGAGAUUAGAAGGAAUGCUCUCUCAGUCUGUGAGUAGUCAGUAUAACAUGGCUGGAGUCCGGACAGAAGAUUCAAUAAGAGAUUAUGAAGAUGGCAUGGAGGUGGAUACUACACCAACAGUUGCUGGACAAUUUGAGGAUGCAGAUGUUGAUCACUGAAAGGGCUUUAAUUUGCUUUAAGAUUCUGCUUGGGACUGUAGAAGGAAAGUUGGUGCCUCUUCCACUGUGGAAUGGGGCUGAUGAAAGGCUUUUUUUCCUUCAAAACUCACUUGAACCAGUUCUUUCUUAAGACAACUAUGAGGCAGCAGGUUGUCACCAGCAGAAGAAACUAUGACCUUUAUUAACAAAGGUGAAUUAACUUAACCAAGGGGGUGUUUGUAGUUUAUCACUUGCCCUUCUGUGUUUGUUGUUGUCUGAGUAGGCCACUCCUUCCUGCCUUUGAUGCACUUCUCUGACCACUAGCAGGUCUCGGGUGAAACACACAGGAGCUUGGGGUAUGGGUUGACCAGGGUGGGGUUUGCAAGAAAGAGUCUGAAGCUGAAACACCUUUGUAAGGAAACCUUUUCCCUUAAGAGACAAAGCCAAGAUCACAGAGAAAUUAGCCUCUGUUGUGUUCCACAUGGACAUGAGUUUUUAUAAUUUCUAGCCCAGAUGAAUGAAUUCAGGCCUUGCUGGCAACUCUGGAAAACCCCAACUGAAUCCCACCACUGAUGCAGUGGGUAGCUUCUGCCCUGCUUUACCAUCUUCUCUGGUCUCUUAAGUUAUAGCCUUGAAUUUCCACUCUCUUAGGUUCUAUAACAGAUCAAAAGAACUGCGAUGAAGUCCUCAGAGUCCUUCCCAUGAUAAUUGUUUUGUCUUUGUAAUAGCUUAACAAAUAAAUCUAGAUUUUCUAUAU